AUACAUCCAACGAAAAACACGGCGUCGAAAUAAACCAAGAAACGAAGGCUGGAAAGUCAACGAGCGCUUCGACGGCUGACCCCCAGCGCUGCAGUAGAUACCCAUACAGCGUACACGAGUAACGACGGCGUUAAAAGGCGUCAGAAAACCGCGUUUAGGAGCUCGACAGCAGUCCUGGUCGGGAGGAGUAGUUCGGCAGCAGCGCCGCGCUCGCCUAUAGAGCAGGAAAGCAGAGCGCGGAGGAGAGGAGAGAGGAGCGCGCCACCUCCGACUCUUCAGCGGUCUCCAUUUUAACUGCUCGCCCAGCCUGCGCCUCACGUGUCCUGGACUGUCUCUCUCACAUGACCCGCGUGUUUGUCCCCGUGAUCAGCACUUCCAUCUCCGUAUUUCAGUGUCGCUGAAUAUCACGUUUUAAAUCGCUUACCUUCAUGGAUAUGCUCGAACAGAGCCUGGACGCGCCGACGAGUCACGAGAAACAGGAAACUGAGGAGGUCGUUCAGCUUCAGGAAGGAGAGGGAGUGGGCGCGGAGGAGCCGACGGCGGUUACCAUAGCGAGUGCACAGCAAGCUGCAGUAUUCGCUGCUGACCACAAUGUCCAGUACCAGUUCCGCACAGAAAACAGCGGAGGCCAGGUGACAUAUCGUGUCGUCCAGGUGACAGAAGACCAGUUGGAGGCAGCUGGAGAUGGAGGAGCUGCGGUCAGUGUGGUGUCCACAACCACCUUUGCUGGUGCUCAGCAGGCUGUCGCACAGGCUGUUAUCCAGAACCCUUUUAGUAAUGGAGGCAGUCCUGCAGGAGAGACAGUGGGUGGAGAGACACGCUUUGCUUAUUUUCCUGCAGCUACUGUCAGUGAUGGUACGGCAACUGCUGUUUCAGUUCAGGCAGCCACCGAUUCUGCUCUCACGCCGGCCGGAGGUCAGUUUUACGUGAUGAUGAGUCCUCCAGAUGUUUUACAAACUGGCACACCACGGACUAUUGCCCCCCGCACGCACACUUAUUCCACAGACUUUGGCGAAAACGAGAUGCUUCAACAUGGCAGUUCAAACUGGAAGGUAGAUGGCCCAAGAGCACCGCGUGAUGAAAGGAGGAGAGCGCAACACAAUGAAGUGGAAAGAAGGAGAAGAGACAAGAUCAAUAACUGGAUAGUCACACUGUCCAAGAUCAUCCCAGACUGCAACAUGGACAACACCAAAACGGGUGCGAGUAAAGGGGGCAUCCUGUCUAAAGCAUGUGACUACAUUAGAGAACUCAGGCAGACUAACCAGAGGCUGCAGGAGAGUUUCAAGGAGGUGGAGAGAAUACAGGUGGACAACGAGCUCCUUAGACAACAGAUCGAAGACCUGAAGAAUGACAAUGCACUGCUCAGAGCUCAACUACAGCAACACGGCCUUGAAAUCAGUGGAGAUACGACUUCGCAGUGACGAAUGGACGCACAUGCACAAUGGAACAGUGUGAUGAAAGAACCCCUCAGUGAAACACAUGCUCACGCCCCAUCACGGACUCGAGAUGUUUGAAAACCUGGUAGAAUAAGAGUGCUUAACGUACAUUAUUGAAGAGAGACUAUUGGACAAUAGUUUAAAAAAUAAUCACUGUUUAAAGAAGGAAAAAAAAACAACUCUUUCUUUAUCUUCUCUUCCUCCUAAAAGACUUUGACUUCCCUGGACUCAGCAACGCACGGAGUCUCUUCCCUCAACCUGAAGUAAACAUGCUUGCAAAGGACUUGUAAUUUGGUUUUCAAAUUAUGAACCAUUCAAAUACUCUCAACCAUGCCUCGUGAUCUUUUGUUAGAAGCUAUGUGUUUUUUUUUUUUUGUUUUUUUUUUGGUUUUGUUUUUCUUCCUCAUGACAUUUCCUUGUAAUUGUAACUACUGUUUCCAGCAUGAUGAGGAUUUAUUUUUUCUUUGGGUCUGAAUUAUUUAUUAGCUUACAGAGAAAUGAACAUGCAUACCAGGGAUGUAAAACAUUAGUUGUGAAGCUUGAAUUUCAUCAGAAAUGCUUUAAAAUGAAUUGGAGCACAUUUUUUUAAGCCCAUUUGAAAAUACUAACAAUCUGUCAGACUGUAUAUGAGAGAUCACGCUUGUGGUGCCAGUGAAAUGCUACGUCAGGGCAAAUAAGUUUGCAGAAUGACUGGUUAUAAUGUAACCGAAAUACAUCUUUAGUUCUCUGCUUGCGUAGGAUAUAGAUGGCGCAAACAGAACAUAGAAAGCUGCAGGUGUGAAGAUGACUGGGGCCUACGUAAUAUAGGAUCAGCAUAUAAUGAAGGAAUUAUAUAAAUAAAUAAAUGAAUAGCUCAGGGUUGAGGUAGGCAGGGAAGUAAUGUAUUGCCCCAUGUUUUUGAUACAUACAACUUACAUGCUGCAGUUAAAACAUGGCAAAUCUCAAUAAUGUAUAUUUUCAUUAAAUCAUCAUUUGCCUGUCUUUUUUUUUCUGAAAACCAGAAAACAUCCCCCACCCCCCCAGCCCUUUGGAGACUUGUUUCAGUUCAUGUAUAUAGGAGGUGAAUCCGACCUGUGCUUCAUCUUUGAUUCAUACUUUGACAUCUGUCUCUAACAUUUCUCACAAAUUCUUACCAAGUGUAGAAUGUUUUUUUUUCUUUAGGUACGAGUGUGUUCUGUUGUUAACUGCCACUUUUUACAGAUAAGUCUUCCUUCGUGUGUCUGUACACCAAGUCGCUAAAACAUGCAGAGUCCGGGCUUUGGAGUGGAAAGGGACGUGAUGUGAAAAGACUUGUGAAUUCAGUCUGGGCCAGUGAAAUUUCACACACCUCCAGGCUGGUUGUGCUACUUACAGAAGAACGGGAAUGAUGGCUACAAGUCGGCAAAUACCCAAGACUGCAUAGAAAUGCUUCCUAAGAACCUCCUGCCUGUACCUGCCUUAAAAAUGACUGCGAAAUGACUUUGGCAUGGUAAAAUCAUAGAAAUGAAUAAUUUUAGUGGAAACUUUAGGUUAUUCUGAGACUUAAGUAAAUAAUCUUUCAUUUACCUGAAAUCUCGUAUUUCAAACAGUAUUUGGGUCUUGUUUUGUGUUCAGUGAACGGAUACUUUAUUUUGGUCUCUGUUGUAAGAUCUCAUUGAUUUCUUGCCCUGUAAUUCACAUCUUUUCCCUCCUACUCAUGUAUAGAUUGUCAGGCGAACGUUGACUUUAACUCCCCCAACCGGCCACUCAAAGGUGUCUGAUAUUAAAUUUAGAGAUGUGAGAUGUUCUUUUCAGGCCCUCUCAGAUGAAGGAAUUCACCUCAAAGCAAGCUUCAUCACUUAAUCCAUAUAAACAACUCACAAAAUAAAAUGGAACAAUGUGACAUAAAACAAAAUUACUGGCCUUUAUGGUUUUAUUCUUUAAGAGCAGUUAAUGAUGGUGCAAUUCCUUGUUAGACAGUCUUCAUUAUAGUAAGCCAGUGGCUUUGACCACGCUGAAUUUGACCUCUUUGAUAGAAGAGAUGAAUCAACUUGGAAGUCCAAGAACAGUGAUUUGAAGCUUUGCAAUUAGAGGACAGAAUGUUUUCCAAAACCAGCCUAUGUGUUCUGUUUUGUGCUGUUUAACAUACCCGCAAAUGGUUUCAUUAUUUCAGAACUACUGAAGAAUUAAACAAGCUUUUACGUCUAAGCAACUACUUAAAUUUCUUGCGGACAGCAGGUCCAAGACUGGAAUUUGCAAAAUUGUUUUAACACCCGAGAAACUACAUCAAAUUCAUUCGUCCCAGAACUGAGAGCCAGGAUCACAUCAUCUUCUUAAUAAACUUACUUGAAAUGA